AAGAAAUUGAAAAAAGAGAGUGAUUGGAUCCAAAAAUCAAAUCGAAACCAGCAAGCACAUAAAGUUAUUGUAGAAGCAUAAACAUGGCAGAGGCUGCGAUCACAUGGAUGAUACGAGAUCUCGAGAGCUUGCAUGUUACAUGUACAAAAUGCUUGGAGAGGUUAGUCAUCAAGAGCAAAAUUGAAGAGUUGAAAGAGAUGUUGGAUUUCUUGAGAGGCUUGAAAUUGGAAGAGAAGAGCAGGCUAGAAGAUUUAACAGCUGACUUGGUCGAAUUGGCUUACAAGGUCAUGGACGUGGACGUUUCCUGUUACGCGCUCAAGGACCUCCAAGAUAAGAUCAAGGCGACAAAGAUGCGGAUGAAAAACUUUGGAGCCGAUGAGGAAAACAUUGGAGACAAAGAAGCAGACGAAGUUGUGGUCAAAGAAAGUUAUUGUAGAAGCUUAAGCAUGGAGGAGGCUGCGGUUUUAGGGAUGAUAGAAGAUCUCAAAAGUAAGGAUGGCUCGAAGAAAACGAUGUUAGAGGGCAAAAUUGCGGAGCUUACACAUUUGCUAGAUUUCUUGAGAGACUUGAAAGUGGAAGAGAGGAGAAGGCUAGAAUAUUUCAUUGCUGACUUGGUCCAGUUGGCUCAAGAUGUCAUGGACUUGGAAGUUGUAGAUUCCGAGUCCAAAAUUACAUAUGAGUUCCUUGUUGAUGAUAUCAACAAGACAAAGAUACGGAUGAUAAAAAUUGGAGCUGGUGAGAAAAAUAUUGGAAACGAUCAAGAAGACAAAGAUGAAGAAAAAGACGAAGAUGAAGAAGAAGAUGAGGAAGAAGAUGAAGAAGAAGCCGAAGAAGAAGACGAAGCUGAAGAUGAAGAAGAAGACGAAGCUGAAGAUGAAGAAGAAGAAGAAGUGGAAGUGGAAGUGGUGGGGUUGGAGAAACACAUUAAGCAGUUGCUUGAAAGAGCGAUUUUAAGAACAUUUGAUCACCUACAGGUUUUUUUAAUAAAAGGCAUGAUUGGUAUCGGGAAGACAACUCUCGCCAGACAAUUGUACAAGGCCGGGGCUAGCCAUUUCCAGUGUCAUGCUUGGGUACGCAUUUCUAGUGACACGACUAAUAGAGAGAUACUUAUGAAACUUAUAAAGCAAAUGGUGGUACGAUAUGUAAAACCCGAUUCACCAUUGGAAGAAAUGGACAACCGAAGUCUCCUACGGAUGCUUCACAGGCACCUGCGACUAAAUAAUUCAUAUUUCAUUGUUUUGGACAAUAUGCUGGAAGAAACGGAUUUGAAGUACAUAAUGAAAGCUCUUCCAUCUCGAGACUCUGAUGGAAGCAAAUCGACGUUGCUGUUAACAAGCCGCUAUGAGAUUACAAACAUCACUGUCAAUUAUACUCAUGUGAUGAAGGCUUUGGAUUCUGACAAGAGCUGGCAAUUGUUUUUGAAAACAGUUAAUAAAAUUACAAGUGAUGUGAAUAAAUUCUCAAAGGAGUUGGAGAGGAAGGGCAAAGAGAUGCUGAAAAAAUGUGGGGGUUUGCCGUUAGCUAUAAGAGAUGUUGCCAGGCAGAAAGCAAAACAAAGACUUUCAGGUAUGGAAUGGGAAGAAAUUUUUGAUUCAAUUGAUUUGAGUGAAUCGUUGAAGUUAUUGGAACCGAUGUAUCAUGAAUUGGAAGACAGUGUCAAGCCACAUUUCUUGUAUUUGUCCUUUUUCAAGGAAAAUGCAAUAAUGAGAGAAGAAAAGUUGGAACAGAUUUGGGCGGCAAAUGGAUUACAUUUUGUACAAGUUACAUGGAUUUUUGCUCAUCGAUCGAUUCUUGAAGUUGUGAAGCAGCACUAUUUCAAAAAAAGGUGUCGCCUCAAUCUUCUAUUACACAUGAUAUCAAUCAAAAAAGCAGAAGAGGAAAUGGGCUUAGAGAUCUUAAGGAGCAAUGGAAACAAUAGGCCCUCUCCCUCUCAGAGUGCCCGCCAUCGUAUUAUCUGUUGUGACAGAGACAAAUUUAAUCAUUUCAUGAAUGAAGAUAGCAAACAACUUAUUUCUCUCAUCUUCCAUGGAGGUGGUAGCUACUUGGACAACACGAGCUCGUCUUAUUGGGAGGGUUUUGAAUCACUCAAAAUACUUGACAUGGAAGAUUUUGGGGUGAAGACUUUAUCAGAAGCAAUCGGUGCGUUAGUUAAGUUAAGAUACUUGGGAUUGAGAAACAAUUACAUACAAGAGAUCCCAUACUCGUUGGUGCAUCUAGAAAACCUUGAAGUUCUUGAUAUAGCACAGAACUUUAUGGUGAAGGUGCCAAAUAUUAUAUGGCCAAUGAGCAACCUUCGUGAUCUCCACAUGUCUAAUGUGAUUUUCCGGAAGCCUUUGAAAGUAGAUGUGCUACGGAAUUUGGAGACCCUAGCAUACAUCUCGAUUCAUGAUUGGACAUAUGAGGACCCGAGCUUCAGGAUGAAACUCCGAAUGUUGGGCAUUGAAGAUGUUGAUGAAAAGUCGGAUGUGGGCAAGCUUUUUGCAUCACUAGCUAAGUUUCCGAACAUUGAUGUACUUUCUGUAAGAGGGUUUCGUUUUAGAAGUAUGCCGUGUUUGGAUGAAAUUGGUGUUAUAGGAAGACUGAAGGUACUAAAACUAGAUGGGCGCAUAGGCAGGCUACCAAGUGCAGAUGAUCUACCUCAAGAGAUUGAGUACAUAGCUUUGAUAAAUACUUGUCUUGAUGAAGACCCCAUGGAAAUAUUAGAGAAGCUCAGUUCCCUAAGCCAGCUCAAACUGCGAAAUGCAUACACCGGUAAGGAUAUGGUGAUCCAACAAGGCGGAUUUCCCAGGCUCGAUGCGCUUUGCAUCAAUGAAUUGUGGAAUCUUAGAGAGAUAUACGUUGGUAUUUAUGGAAUGUGGAGUCUCAGGAAACUAGAAAUCAAUAACUGUCCACAUCUGGAGACACUCCCGCACCGGAUUCGGUGGUUGUCUAAACUGCAGAAGUUUAAGAUGGUAACAACCAAACACAUUGCAACAGAUAUCAGACAUUCAGGUUUCACCAACAAUGUUUUGGAGGAGGAAAUCGAUCCAUAAUUUGAAGUUGAUAUAUAUAUCUGGUAUUCUGGUUAGUUGCAUGUAUUUUUCUCUUCUUUAGGUUUAUGUUCCCUUUGUUUAUUUGUAAAUAAUUGGUGUAUAGUCUUCGUAGACAAAAUACAUUAGAAAGAUACAAGUUGAAGAAGGUGCGAUGUCGACCGAUACGUGUACCUUGACGAGUAGAGAGAUAGAGGCUGAACUCACCAGCUCGGCCACUUCUUCACCAAUGCCGUCGCAAAGUUCAUGAACCACAGUAUCUUGAAGAUUUUGUCUACGAUUGCUUCCUCAAUUUAUCCUUUAUUUUGGUAUCUCAUUAGCUUCCAUGUAUCGAGUCGAGCAUAAUUAUAAGUUUCAUUCCAGGUUUUUUUUAGGUUCUUUCCCUGAAUGUGAAAGUGAGUCGAACUGCAUAGAUGUAAAUAAGUAUAAAUAGAUGUCAUCAAUCACGAUGUGCAAGUACCAUAUAUAUUUAUAAUAUGUGUGGUACAAAAAGAU